AUGACGGUUCAUUUUCUUGAUCAUCAUGGAUCAUCAAAGGACACGUGGCAUCAGAUGGACGGCGUGAUUGCCAAACCGUGGGAAGGAAGUUGUGUUACCCAUUGGAACAUGGAUAUACAAGAAAUUCUCAAUAUAUUUAAUGCAAAAAAUGUAUCCCAAGUCAAUGAGGAUUGUUCUGAGGGUUUGGGAGGUAAUAAUCAGUCAGAGAGCGAUGAUUUUUCAUCCGAUGAAAACGAAGGUAACACUGAAGCAGAAACUAACAAUGAAGGGUAUGGAUGCAACUUUGAUUCUGAAAAUGGUAUAGAAUGUGCUUCUGACAUAGAGAAAAUUAAUUUUAAGGAGACAUGUUCGGAAGAAAUAAUGAGUUACCAUUUUCCGAAUCGUGAAGUUGCAUUCAUGUUUUAUAACUGGUAUGGUUGUUCACAUGGAUUUGCCGGUAGAAAGAGCCGGGUUGUUAGGAAUGUUAAAGGUGAAAUUGUGCAACAAACCUUUCUUUGCCAUAGAGAGGGUAAUAGGAGUGAGAGGAAUAGAAAUCCUGAUGUUCGGAAAAGAGAGCAUAAACCUAUUAGUCGGUGUGGUUGCGAAGCAAAAAUUCAAGUACAUAUUGAUUUCGAUAGCGGGCGUUGGUACAUAAAAUUUUUCGAUGAUGUUCACAAUCAUAGUUUUUUGGCUGACAAGUAUGAGCGGAUGCUGCCUGCACACAGGAAGAUGACCGAAUAUGACAAAUAUCAAAUGAAUACAAUGAGGAAAUCUGGCAUUUCAACGUCAAGGAUUUAUGGUUAUUUUGCUACACAGGCUGGUGUUUUUGAAAAUGUGGGCUAUACAAGGAGAGACAUGUACAAUGAGCAAUUGAAGGGGACAGGAAGCAAUAGUUCUGAUGCUGAUUGUGCAAUUGAAUUCUUGAAGGCAAUGUGUGCUAGGGAUGAUAUGAUGUACUGGAGGCAUACUCUCAAUCAGGAUGGAACCCUUCGACACUUGUUUUGGUGUGAUGGAAUUAGUCGUAUGGACUACUCGGUGUUUGGUGAUGUUUUGGCCUUUGAUGCAACCUAUAAAAAAAUUAGGUACAAUACACCGUUAGUUAUUUUUUCUGGCGUAAACCAUCAUAAUCAAAGUGUUAUAUUUGGUAGUGCAAUUGUGGGUGAUGAAACUGAAGAAAGUUAUAUUUGGUUGUUGGAAACUUUUGUUGAAGCUAUGGAGGGGAAGCGUCCGGUGUCCGUUAUAACUGACGGUGAUUUAUCAAUGAGAAAGGCAAUAAAAAGUGUAUUUCCAAAUGCUCAUCAUCGUUUGUGUGUUUGGCAUCUCAUAAGAAAUGUUACCAGCAACAUCAAAGAUCCCAAAUUUUUACCUAAAUUCAAACAAUGCAUGUUUGGUGAUUUUGAGGUUGAUGAGUUUGAGCGUCGGUGGGCGGAUGUUGUGUGUGAAUUUGGUUUGGAAAAUAACAAUUGGGUUUUGGAGAUGUACAAGAAGCGUAAAAUGUGGGCUACCGCUCAUAUUCGGGGAAAGUUUUUUGCCGGAUUUAGGACAACUUCAAGGUGUGAAGGGCUGCACUUAGAAUUUAGUAAGUAUGUCACUGUUUUAUCAAAUUUGCAUCAAUUUUUACAACAAUUUUUCCGGUGGUUGAGUUGUAUGAGGUUUAGAGAAAUAGAAUCUGAUUAUGAAUCUUCUUAUGGAGAAACCCUUCUACAAACACCACUCAAAUGUCUAGAAAAGUCUGCUUCAGAACUGUAUAUGAGGUCUGUUUUUAGGCUAUUCAGGCCUGUGUUGGAGAGGGCAUGUCGUUGCAAAGUUAAAAGGGAUGUUCAAGUUGGUUCUAAUUUUACUUACCUUGUUUACAAGUAUCCCAGAAAAGAUAUUAAAUGGAAAGUGGUAUUUUGCCAAGAUAGCCUUAAAUUUGAAUGUUCUUGCAAGAGGUUUGAGACUAUGGGGAUUGCUUGUGAACAUUUGGUAUCAGUUUUGGUUGAUUUGAAUGUUGUGGUGAUGCCUGAAUGUAUUGUCUUGGAUAGAUGGACCAAAAAUGCAAAAGAUUCAAUCAAUGCUGUCAAUGCUAACAGUUUAAGUCAACGUAAUCCGGCAUUUAUAACUAGUUAUGUGACCUUUGUUGAGCGAUGUAAGAGGAUGGUCAAUGCUGCUUUUGAGUGUGGGAAUCCAGAAAUCAUACGUCAGACAAUUGACAUGGUAGAAACACAAACAGAAUUGUUGGAAGCCAUUGCAAGGGGUGAAGAUGUUGAUUUGUCAAUGAUGGGUACUCAAACUGGUGGCAGUGUAGGUAAUCCACCACGGGUUAGGCGAAAAGGGGGAAUAACUGCAUCUUCGUCAAAGGCGAUUGAAAGAACAAAACGCAGCACACCAAGUUGUGGAAUUUGUGGAAAGAAGGGUCACAAUCGCAAAUCAUGUCGUUUCCGUGGACAAUCCAAUAUGUUAUCACAGUCUCAAACUGUAGAUAACUCGGACAACAAUGAUGACGACUUUAUGGAAGAAAACGAUGAAUACAAUAUGUUCAUGAGUAAAGUUGCCGAAAAGUUGGAUUGUGACCAGGUUCAUGUGUGGAAUGUCGAAGUCUGUUAUGGCGUGGACUCGGUGUACAUUCCUUCUGAAGCUUCUUCGUUGUGA